CUCAGAAGAUGAGGUGGAUGUCCUCUUACACGGCACUCCCGACCAGAAGCGGAAGCUGAUACGGGAGUGCCUGACUGGCGAGAGCGAGUCUUCCAGUGACGAUGAAUUCCAAAAGGAGAUGGAAGCGGAACUGAACACCACCAUGAGGACUAUGGAAGGCCAAUGGAAAUCACCAGAAAUGGGUACUUCCUCAAGUACUGGGCAGACUGGACCUGCCACCGCUUCGAAAUACUAUGAUGACAUUUACUUUGAUUCUGACUCAGAGGAUGAAGAUAAGAUAGUUACACAGGACGUCCGGAAAAACAGAAAGCAUCAGCAACGUCAGAUUCUUUCCAAUGAUGAACUGCUAUAUGACCCAGAAGAAGACAGUCGAGACCAAGAGUGGGUAGACUCACAGAGGAGGGGGUACCGUAAUCAAAGAAGAGUGCCGCUGCAGCACCAGACAAAACCUUCAGCUGUUCCAAAUAGUGAUGCUGUUUUGAAUUGCCCUGCUUGCAUGACAACAUUAUGCCUGGACUGUCAGAGACAUGAAUCUUACAAAACACAAUAUAGAGCAAUGUUUGUGAUGAACUGCAUUGUUAACAAAGAGGAAAUUCUGAAAUACAGAAAGAAGCUAAAGAAAAGAAGUAAGAAAAUGAAGUACAGCAAAGAAAGUACCUCUGUACAAUCAAAUCAAGAAGAGGAGGAAGUGUAUCAUCCAGUAUUAUGUACUGAAUGCUCAACUGAAGUGGCAGUAAUGGAUAAAGAUGAAGUUUUUCACUUCUUCAAUGUUCUAGCCAGCCACAGCUAAUGUGCAGAAGCAGGGGGAAAAAAAUCCUGCACUGUUUAAGACUGUGUGAAGUAUCAGAAAUGCAGGCAUGGUAGCCUUUUUUAAGUAUGGUCUUUUAAAUGCACAUUUGCAUCAGAGAACUUUAUAACAGUUGGAUUUUUGCAAAGUUUUUGAAAGGAAUACAGUGCAUUUGAGAGCAGUAUUCUUUCACACUGUCAGGUGGUUGCACCAUUGAGGAUUUAAAAUUUUGUAAAUAUAAUGUAAGAUCUGUGUAUUAUGAUCAUUCCCUGUAUAUAUACUGUCCAUUAUCUCAAUAUGUAUUAGAACUGCUGCUUAGAAUAAAUACAGUGUAGUAACUG